CCUAAUAGUUCUUUGAUGUGUUUUCUCUGUGUUUUGCUGACCUUGAAAUAUUUGUUACCUCCAGUUCCGCCCUCCCAGUCACCCAUAAUUUCUGGCGACGUUGGGCCGCGUCUUGCCGGUGAAGGGCUCGUUCUGUCCUGCCUGUCGGAGGGGGGCCGGCCUCCUCCCCGCCUGAAAUGGUACAACGGCACGGAGCAGUACGUCCUGCCCACCAGCACACCCGGCCAGAGCGCGGGGGUGUCGUCAGCCUCGCUCGACCUGGUCGUGCCUCAGCUCCAGAGGUGGGACAAUGGUGUCAACCUGAGUUGUGUGGCAGAGCAGGUUCUACCUGGGUUGACAACGCGACAAACAACUUCCAGAAUGCUCCAGAUCAACUAUCCCCCGACGGUUACUCUGCCCGUGAGAUCCGUGCGGGUCGUGGAGGGAGACCCCGCCAAUCUCACAUGUCUGGUGGAGAGCAACCCUGCGUCUGUCUUACAAUGGACUAGAAUAGGAGGAAAGUCUCCGUCUAGAGCCCAAAGGAGGGGCUACACCCUCAGGAUCCCCCGGGUGUCUAGGGCGGAUAGCGGCACCUACAAGUGCGUCGCUGACAACGGGGUCGAACCGAGAGGCGUGGGAACUAUCAGCGUGGAAGUGAUAUGUCCUCCUCUCAUCAAACCAACGUUUGAAGAGCAAGUCAGCGUCCUUUUCGGUCAGGACUGGGAAUUGAAAUGUGUCGCCGACGGAAAUCCGAAGCCCACAAUCAAAUGGCGCCGGAAGAACAACCGGACUCUCCUAGACAACCCAUUAUCCCUGUCACCUUUGACCUACCAGACAGAGGGCCUGUACGAGUGCGUGGCGUGGAGUGAUAGAUUCCCGGAAGUUUCCAGAGAGACCUUUAUCAAUGUCAUGGGCAGACCAGACGUCCUGGCAGAUUCCGCACCCGUCCUGGUGACAGGGGGAGACACGGUCAGGUUAACCUGCCACAUCACCUCAGACCCCCCUCCAGACUACGUCGACUGGGUCUGGAAGGGGGUCUCGGGACACCAGAAAAAGUACCGGCCUGGCAGGACGGGAGACAUCACGGUAAAGAUGAGCGGAGAUGCGCAGAGCACGUUAACCAUCGGCACUGCGGAUCCCGUGCACAGUGGGGACUACAUCUGCACCGCCACCAACAUGUUUGGAUCAGAUCAAGAAAAAUUUAGGGUAGAAGUUUCAGAGUCUUGGACGGUACUCAUUGCUGCCAUUACAAUGGGCAUUGUCGUUGGAAUCCUGAUCGCCAUUAUUGCCAUGUUGUGUCUUAGGACUAGAAAAAUGUGGAAAUAUCGACACAGGAAAGCUGACAGUGUAACGAGGCCGUCUGAGUCCUUCUCUUAUUGUGCACCCACUGAUAACGAUGUCAGUGGAAGGAUGAUAUCUAACCCUCUGGGAAAUCCUCGAGGUGACAUACCAACCGUGUGUGCGAAUGUUUUUGAGCUCCAACCGACAGGAACUCCAUCCAAGCACUUCUCUCCCCUUGUCAAUAGUGACAGUGGCGAUAUGCACCCCUGCUCACAGAUGACGGUCCAGUCGACGAACAGUUAUUCACCCCUGACGGGCAGAGACAUGGGGGACAGAUACGUCAUCAACCGGCCCUACUACAUCAAGGACCUGAAGCUGAGAGUGGCUGUUCCUGACCGUGUACCGGAUGGAAUCGAAGAUGGUGCCAAUGACGAAACCUUAAAACUGACUCCGACGAAACACAGGAACUCCGACACAGUUUCGAACGGGACUGGCUUUUCGAAAGACUGCCAUCCAGUCGUGUAACGCACCGAAAAACUGACAGUAACUAUGGCCAAGCUGUCUUCUACAGACCACAAGCCUUUAACAAACGAACAUGGAAGAUGUGAGUGCCUUUUGAAGGAGUAACUACUUCAGCGUGAAAGCUAACUUCUGCUGUUGGGCUGGACUUUAUGAACAUUUUGAUACUUAAGUCAGAAUCGAUGAACAAGGCAAGCUGACAACGGACAUUUGGAUGCAACGAUCUGGUUGCAACAAUCAACUAUGACUAAAGAUUAUCAGGUCCUCUUCUUCAAUUAUUUUGAAUACAAGCUUUUCAUCUUCGGCUUGAUAACAUGGUGAUUGUAUCCUGCUCAUGACUACUCGAGAAUUGGUAACUCUGCAAUCAAACUUUCCAGUUGGCGGAAGUGCUCGCCGCUCUGACGCAAACUAUUCGUGUGGAAAGCCAACCAGAUCUUCUAAAAUCCAUGUAAUUAACUUCAUCCUGAAGCUAAUAACGAAUCUAAUACGUUCUUCUUCCCCGGGCGUGGAAGCGGUAAGAUGAGAAAUCGUACUAAUUCCCAACGAGAUGAGCUUAAUAAUAGUAUAGACACCAGCCAUGUUUGAUGUGUGAGAACAGGCGCCGAAGGACGCAAUAAGGUCGGUAUUCCAGACUUACUUAUCGAAACAGUAUCGUAUUGAAGACGUAUCUUAAUGGAGUGAGAACUCAUUUUUUCUUCGCCACUUUUGAGAUCUAUUGCACUGUAUACUGAAGAGGUGUUUUGAUAUUUCUUUCAUGUAUGAGUAGACAGAAAUAUGCAUCAGUAAAAUGUCGAGCUUACAAUCUACAUUGUCUUUUGGAGCUUCUGCUGGGUACAUAAAUAGAGUGCGUUGGUGUUAUUUGGUCAAAUAUAAGAC